GCUGCGGCCGCGGCGGGCGGGUCCCGGGGCGGGGCGGGCACGGCCCUGCCGUCCUUAAGGGCUCGGCGGGCGGUGCCGGCGGCAGCAUUCCCGCCCGGAGCCAUGGCCACCUGCGUGCAGCUCUACACCGGCGCCAGGAUGCCCGCCAUGGGGCUGGGCACAUGGAAGUCUGCAGCUGGGCAAGUGAAAGCUGCGGUGAUGGCUGCCAUCGAUGCCGGCUACCGCCACUUCGACUGUGCCUACGUGUACCAGAAUGAGAAUGAGAUUGGGGAAGGGAUCCAGCAGAAAAUCAAGGAAGGCGUUGUGAAAAGAGAAGAACUCUUCAUCGUCAGCAAGCUAUGGUCCACUUUUCAUGAGAAGCCUCUGGUGAAAGGAGCCUGCCAGAAGACUCUUGCUGACCUGAAAUUGGAUUACCUGGAUCUCUACCUCAUGCACUGGCCUCUGGGCUUCAAGGCAGGAGAGGAGCUGUUUCCUGCAGAUGACAAAGGCAUGGCUAUACCCAGCAACACAGAUUUUCUAGAUACAUGGGAGGCCAUGGAAGAGCUGGUGGACUGUGGACUGGUAAAAGCCAUUGGUGUCUCCAACUUCAACCAUGAGCAGAUUGAAAGGAUCUUGAACAAGCCAGGACUGAAGCACAAGCCUGCAAAUGUCCAGAUCGAGUGCAAUCCAUACCUCACCCAGGAGAAGCUGGUGAACUAUUGCCAAUCCAGAGGGAUUGCUGUGACAGCCUACAGCCCCCUGGGCUCUCCUGACAGACCAUGGGCUAAGCCAGAGGAUCCCUCCCUUCUGGAUGAUCCCAAGAUCAAGGAGAUUGCAGCCAAGCACAACAAAUCCACAGCCCAGGUUCUCCUUCGCUUCCAGAUCCAGAGAAAUGUGAUUGUGAUUCCCAAAUCUGUCACCCCACGGCGCAUUGUGGAGAACUUCCAGGUGUUUGACUUCAAAUUGACUAAAGAGGAGAUGGCAACUAUUUUCAGCUUUAACAGAAACUGGAGAGUCUAUACAAUGAGCAUGGGCAAAACUCACAAGGACUACCCUUUCAAUGCAGAAUACUGAAGAUGCUCAUAUCCUGCCCCCCUUCACAGCUUGGUCUGAUAUUGUUCCUAUCAAUUUAUCUGACUUUCUUAAUUGCAUUUCUCCUCCUGCAGCCAGUAAAGCCACAGCAUAUGUAUUCAGUGAUCAUCUUUUGUUUAUUCUUUCUGAAAGAUACAGUAAAACUGUUCCUAAUGAAUAAAAUGGGGGCUGUCAUUAUUUUCUGUCAAAAUGUGGAUUGAGUAAUCCACAUUUAGCGAGGGAGAGACUUUGAACUACAUGUUUACAUUUUUAAUUCAUCUUGCUUCAACACAACAGGCUGAGGAGGAUAGGGAUAGUUGGCCAUUAUGGGAGAAAAAUCUGAGAAAUGUGAACUAAAAGCCAGCAGUUUUAUCACUCCAGAGGUAACUGAGAAAGGAGUUUUUCCUACUUAGGAAAAGCUUUCCCUUAGGGAAAAAGAGAAAACAACAAACAACUCCAUAGGCAGAAAACACACAGGUGAGUGGUCGGCAGUAUUUUCAGCCAGUUUUCUCCUGAGGGUGAGGAUUUUCUCCGGGAAAUUUCAUUCCCCAUUCCCCGCGGGCAGCAGAGGGCGGCCAUCCCCCGGCCAGCAGCGCUGUCCCCUCCCGCCAGCCCCGGCAGUGGCCCGGGGCCAGCAUCUCCUCUGGCCCAAACUGUCCUGGCUGCCCCUCCUGCCCCUCCAGCUCCAUCCAGCUCCCCCUGCAGCCCAGGCACCCAUGGGCCCUGCCCCAGAGCCCCGGGGACAUCGGGAGGUGUUUGCUUUUGGGGCUGUGUCACCCUUCCGCUCCCAGCCUGGGCAGGGGACCAAACACAACCCUGAGGCUGCACCCUGGGUUUCAAGGCAAAAGAGCAGAAACCUGUGUUCAAGAAAAUGAGCACCUUAUGGACUUCUUUCCAAAAGUUCCACCUUCGAUUCAUGACAAUGUAAUCCAAGAAUGUUUGCUUUGCAGCUGCUUCAAGGCAGCAACCCAUAAAACCUUCUGUAAUCCUCAUGCUGAGGGGGGACUUAGCUCUGCUGAGAUCAAAUACACAUUUUUAUUGAACAAUAAAGGUAUAAUGUUACUGUGAUGCCAAAG